AAAAAAUCCCACAAAAAAAACCCUCUAAGUAUUACCAGAGGCUUCCAAAACGCCAAGGGCUUUUGGGGGAUUUCCAUUUUGUUCUUCUGAGUUCAGAAAAAAGGAAAAGAAAUCUCUCAAUUCAUAUAACUGUGGCAGGAAAACAUCAAAGAGCUCUAGUUGGUACGGUAGGUUUGUUAGUUAAAUGAACUAAUCCUUAGUCUUGAGAAGAAAAGAAGCUGACUGACCUGUUACCAAUCUUUGUAGUAUAGUGUUGCAUACGUGUUUCCAGUCAUGUGGUCGGUACCCACCUGCUGCGUUUUUACACAUAACACAUACAUCUCUAGUGUAUGCCGUCUUCUUCAUGUUAUUUGCUACCCAGAGGCCUUUCUCUCUCCCAAAUCCAGAAAUUCAUCCCUAAGAAAUGGAAACAAAGUGUCAAACCAUCAGAAACUCAAAACACUAACCCGUCUGACUUAUAUAAUUACCGAGAUUCAUUGCUAGUAGCAUCUCCAACCAGUGAACUUGAUGGUUAUAUGGUUGAUUCUCUUCGCACAUCUCUCAAAGAUUUUGUUGCCAAAGGCCAUCUGUUUCAAGCCUUCCAGACCUUCACUCUCCUCCAAUGCCAUUCUUCUUCUUCUUAUUGUAUUUCUUCUGACCUUAUUUUGCAUUCCAUAUCUUCUCUUUUGAUAUCUUGCACCAACUUAAAGUCACUUUCACAGGGUAAACAACUCCAUGCCUAUAUUAUAUCUUCCGGUUUUGAAGAACAUCCCAUAUUGGUUCCGAAGCUGAUUACCUUUUACUCAACCUUUAAUCUCUUUGCUGAUGCCCAUGUUAUUACUGAAACGUCAAAAAUAUUGCACCCUUUGCCCUGGAAUUUGCUUAUCUCUUCUUAUGUUAGAAAGGGGCUUUCUGGGGGGGCUCUAUCUACCUAUAGACAAAUGGUGAACAAGGGAAUUAGAGCCGAUAACUUUACUUUCCCAUCAGUUCUCAAGGCUUGUGGUCAAGAACAAAAUAUGGAUUUUGGGAGGGUGGUUCAUAAGUCUAUUGAUGCUAGCUGCCUUGAGUGCUUGUUUGUGCAAAAUGCUUUAGUCUCCAUGUAUGGGGCGUGUGGGGAAGUUGAUUAUGCUCGGAAGCUGUUUGACAAAAUGCCUGAAAAGGAUGCAGUUACUUGGAACUCAAUGAUCUCUGGAUAUGCCUCCAAGGGUAUGUGGGGAGAAGCUUUUGAGCUUUUUGAAGGCAUGAGAAUGGAGGGAAUAGAAUUGAAUAUCAUAACAUGGAAUACCAUAGCUGGAGGGUGCUUGAAAACAGGAAACUAUAUUUGGGCACUUGAAUUGCUUUCUCAGAUGGUGACUUGUGGCAUUCUUCUGGAUUCUGUUGCAGCACUUAUUGGUUUGGGAGCAUGUUCCCAUGUGGGUUUAUUAAAAUUGGGGAAAGAGAUUCAUUGUGUAGCUAUUCGUAGUCAUUUUGCUGAGUUUGAUAAUGUAAAAAAUGCUUUGAUCAAUAUGUAUGCCAGGUGCAAAGACCUUGGGCAUGCAAAUAUUUUGUUCUGGUCAGUAGAAGCUAAAAGUGUAAUUAGUUGGAACUCCAUUAUUUCGGGUUACACGUAUUGGGACUGCUCUGAGGAAGCCUCCUUUCUAUUUAGGGAAAUGUUGCUUUCUGGGAUUGAACCUAAUUAUGUGACAAUCGCAAGUGUUCUUCCCCUCUGUGCCCGUGUGGCAAAUCUGCAACAUGGUAAGGAGUUUCAUUGCUACAUUACAAGGCAUGCAGGGUUCAAGGAUUAUUUACUACUGUGGAAUGCUCUUGUGGAUAUGUAUGCCAGAUCUGGAAAAGUUUUACAAGCAAAAAGACUGUUUGAUUUGUUGAGCAAGAAGGAUGAAGUGACUUACACUUCAUUAAUAGCUGGGUAUGGGAUACAAGGAGAGGGACAUGCUGCAGUAGAACUAUUUGAAGAGAUGAUCAGGUGCCAGAUAAAACCGGACCAUGUAACCAUGGUUGCUAUUUUAUCAGCAUGUAGUCAUUCGGGUCUUGUAAUCCAAGGUCAAAUGCUAUUUAAAAAGAUGCUGCACGUCUAUGGUUUAACUCCGAGACUGGAGCACUAUGCUUGCAUGGUUGAUCUCUUUGGUAGGGCUGGUUUACUGAAGAAAGCAGAAGGGAUUAUCACAAGGAUGCCUUACCAGCCAAGCGCUGCAAUGUGGGCCACUCUUAUUGGAGCAUGUUGCAUCCAUGGAAACACAGAGAUAGGGGAAUGGGCAGCUGAGAAAUUGUUGGAAAUGAGGCCUGAAAAUUCAGGAUACUAUGUUCUGAUUGCUAACAUGUAUGCUGCUGCUGGAUGUUGGAACAAGUUAGCUAGAGUGAGAACUUUCAUGAGGGACUUAGGUGUGAGAAAGGCUCCAGGCUGUGCUUGGGUUGCUGUGGGUUCUGGAUUUUCUCCCUUUUUGGUGGGGGACACAUCAAAUCCCCAAGCACACGAGAUUUACCCUUUAUUGGGGGGAUUGAUCAAGCAAAUGAAAGAUGCUGGUUACGUUGUUGCAGAGGAUGUUGAUUUAGAUAAUGAAUUUGAGCAAUAUAAUCAGCAACAAUACUUCUGUUAGAAAAUUAAGUUGUUGCAUAUUUCAUGCGCAUUGUCCUCAAGAGCCUUCUGAAAUGCCAUUCUUGGUCCGUAUGGAAUUCACUAUUCAAAGCUUGCAGGAGACUACCUCAUUACACUUUAUUGAAUGGUUCUUCAGUUCUUGUUGCUUUACAGAUUCUUUGCCAGAUUCAGGUACAGAGGUUAGUGAAACAUAAUACUAAGGUGAAAAGAUACAUUUGUUGUCAGAACAUAUGGAAAUAGCAAAGUUGCCUAAUUGUUGGUCUGAUUGUUAAUUUUGUUCUUUUCUCAGCAUAACUGAUUAGGAAGUACAUAUCAUUGAGGUUCUUUAUUGAAUAUAAUUUAAGAGGAAUUUUGGGUCAUUGGCAUGUACAUCACCGGUUCCAAUGUAAUUACUGUGUGAUGUCAGUUUUGUGAUUCUCUUCCAAAUGUGUUGGAGAUUAUGUAACAAUUAAUUGUUUACUGGAGAAACAAGUUACUGACAUUGUGGUUAUGAUGACAUGGCAACAAUUUUAUGGAGAAAAAACGAACCUUUUUACUUACCAAAAAAUAAAAAUAAAAAUGAACUAGCUUGAGUUUUUAAAUAAGUGCAUGUGCCUAUGUACUCUGAGUCAACCUUCAAUGAAAAAAUUUAUUUAUUUUACUUUUAUUUUUAUUUUCUCAUUGGCUGAGCAAGAUAAUCUACCACGAACUAUGAACAAUGUGAAACGCAAGAACUAGCCUUUUGACUGUUAUAGGACUCCUCUGAGAAGCCUGGUAAGGUGCUUGCUAGGCUUUCCGAGGCUUGCCUAGGUGGGUUAUUAGGCAUGUGCUUGGAUGAAUUUUCUAUUGAGGAGCCUGUUAGCAUGGUUAGAUUAGUACUAAAUUGUGAUUUUUGAAACUUUACCCAUCCAGAGUCCUGAUGGCUACUUGAUGAGAUCUACUUUUUUGCAAACUGCUGAGUUUGUUGUCACCAGAAAAAUUAGCCGUCAAAAUUUUCUUGAAAACUCUUUUUAAUGAAAACCAAGGAAGAUUCUCACAAUGUCAUAUAUUCUUGUAAUCACUUUGUUUUUGUGUAUAUACUAUACGAGAAUAUCUGAUGUAUUGCCAGCUUAGUUGUCCACAAAUUAUGUUUAAUGAUAUUCUGUUUCUGUUGUUUUCAUUGGCACAAAAUCUACUGCAAGGAAUCAAUCUGUAGUACAGUCCAAAACUCACUCAUUCUUUUGACAAUGAUAUCUAGAAGCUGAACGUUGCACAUGAGCACUCUUUUUGGAUAUAAGAAAAAGUUCUGUGUUUUUUUAACCAUCUUAUCUUCUUUUUUUGACAGUUUUGGUCAUUUUGAAUUUUAAGUACCAAUUCUGCAAGUUUUUCAAUUCUGAUUGCGAUAGGAUUUCUCUUUCAUCCAUCACGUAAGUUUCAGUACCAAAAGUCCUAAGUACUCAAAAUUGUGUGUUACUGUAGCAAAACCCAUUGUUAUUUUGUAAUAGAGCUACAUGAUAUAUGUUGACGUAAUCGAAGUGGCUUUUAUGGGUGUUCAGGUUGAUCAUCACUCAAUGAAAUGGGAAGGUAUUUUUAAAGAGCAAUUUUAUGUCUGUUGUGCUCACUCUUAUCACCUUCAUUAUAUUAUACUAUUAACCGAUUCUUCUCUUUCAUUAUUUUUUUUGAUAAUGUUUGGAGAGGAUUGAGCUUGGGCCUUGAUUUUGAUCAAGGCAAUCAACUGUUCAUUCAGGACUGGUUCAUGGAUUGGAUUCAUCAUCCUCCUAACGAAAUCAUUAUCAUUCAAUCAGUUGUUUCAUUCUAUGGGAUCUGUGACAACACUGCAACCAACUCACAUUGAUCUUAUGUCAUAUCUGUGAUGGGUGAAUUUGCUGGAAUCUGUGACUAUUGGUUAAAAUUAUGUACUGUUCUGCAUUAUUUGUGUGUAAAUUCUCUAAAAUUGGCCUAACAUGUGCUCAAAAUUAAAAAAAAAGGUGAAAUAUUCAGGCAAAAUCUGGGGGCUAGAGUUUUGUUUAACACUACUGUUGCAAUGGGUGUAAUCGAGGAAGCAAAGUGCUCAUCAGUUGGGAGACCUGUUUCACCGCAAUAAAAUCCACAUUUGAACUCUGCACAUUGAAGGUUAGUUCAUUUCAGAACUUCGUUUGAAAUAUUGCCUUGUAGCCUUCGUUUGGGAUGUGAGCUUGGGGUUAAAAAGUCUCAUUUGUGAUGAGUCUUUUUAAUUUUUGUGAGAGAAAAAAUGAAAUGAUUAUGGUUUGAAUGUGACAUUUUGUUUUA